AAGUAUUUCAAGUACCAAAAAUGGAUAAAUUUCGUUUAAAUCCAUCCCUUGGUCUCAUAUACCGAAUAUAUAGGUAUAAGUACACCAAUUGACUUUGCACCGUUUGAAUAUGAAUUUAAAAAAGCCUUGACUUAUCAAACCAACCUCUUACAAAAGCCUGCUGCGAACCAUAUAUGUAUUUGGUAUGAAAUAUUGAAAGAGUACUUUUACUUUAUUCAAUUCGCUUGAAACUUUUUGCGAACUCAUCAAAUACAUUUCCACUGCACGAGUACGACUCCACGAAAGGGGAUUAAAAUUUUAUGAAUUUUAACACUUUCAGCCAAAGGGAUGCAGAGUAAAAUUCAGCGCUUUUUUCAGUAUAAUAUCUGCUGGUGUUAAAAGGCAAAAUUAAAGCAAAAAAAAAGAGAAAAUGAAGAAUUCCUUUGCACUUGACUUUACUACUCUCUUAACCUCGAUAUUUAUUUAUUUUUUCACAAUAUGAGUGAAGCCGGCAGAUAAACUGGGCUCUAUGGCUUCGAAUAAUCUAGAAAUACAAUAAGGCUCUAGCGAAGUUGUCUAUUUGUGUUGCAGUCAAAAACUGGACUGGACUGGACUGCAUGGAAAACGAAUUGUAUAGUAGACUUUUCUGAAUAUUAUACGAGUGAUACAUAAAAAAUGGAAUUAGUAAAUAACGUACAAAAAAAUAUACCCACUCAACAGUUACUUACAUAAGAAACCCUACUACUUGUAUAGAUAUAUGACAAAUAUUCCAAGUGCUCAAAUGAGCAAAUCCGUUUAAGGCAUUGGCAAUAUGAAAUAUUCAUAAAGGCAGAACCAAAACGUGCGACUACGCAGGAAUUACCCCGCGAGAACACAUGCGUGAAGACACCAACACCACACCUGUUUAAGUAAGUGAGAGGCUGGGUAAUGUCGCCGAGUGCGUGACUGUCGACAGCAAUCAUCAUAUCUAGUAGAAAAUCUGCACCACCGUCAAUCACGCCAAUGUCAACAGUUCGUCUUCAACAAGUACAACGCAUCCAUCAUCAUUACGAAACGGAGCAACAGCAGACAGCACAGCAGCCGAACAGCCCAGCAGGCAACGGCAAAGCGAUCACACAGAAAUAAAUUUAAAUAAUGCUGGUAACUGGCUUUUUAAUGCAUUCUACAUCGAUUUAAGUGAGUUCACGCCACUAGUUUAGCCACUUAACAAAGUCACUACCCAAUACUCACUGAGGCAUAGAAACAUAUUGUCGCAGUCGAAGUGGGUGCGCAAACCGCAGCGAGACUCUUAAAAUAUUUGAACAACUCAUAGCGAAGGUAGCCGAGAGACGGAGAUUGCAGCAAGAUGUUCGAUACGAAAUGGUUGCCUGCCGCCUGUGGCAGUUUGGCACCCGCUCUUAUACCGCCCGCUCACAUGUUGGUGUUGGCCUACUUUUGGGAGAAUUAUUCGCGUUACGUUGAUAAGCACUUUUGUACAUGCUCCUGCUGGGACACCAUAUUCAAGGGGCCGUACGAGUCGGGUGUUGCCUCGUACAAGCAUCUCUACUUCAAUGCCACACAAAAUUCAUUCAAAAUGUGGCUGCUCACUGUAUUCGCUGUUAUUGCGCUUUAUGAAUGCAUUAAACAGUUGAUUGCGUUGAUAUUGCAACAACGUUGUCGCUACUCGAUGUUGUUGCUCUUCUCGCUGUCGAUAUUUUCACACUAUUAUGCCUGGUGGGCGUACAUAAAUUACUACAACGAUGACUAUUACCAGCAAUGGAACCAUCAGCUAUUUUUUACGGUGACCGAAUUGAUAUCUUCCUUGCUGGUCAUGCAUCUCGCGAACACCACCAACACCGUCACAUCGAAGAAGGUCUUCUGUAUUGUUGGCAUCGCCAUACUCCACAUCACAGCCAGCAGUUUCGAUCAGUUCUUUUUGAAUGUGGUGCGUGGCGAAGGGUACGCGCAUCAAAUAGUACGAGAUAUCGGUUUUAUGGUGCCAGAUAUACUGCAAUUAAUCAUACCAUUGUGGCUCUUCCGCAAGACGCGCAAGGAAUCGUACACAACGCGCCCCUUUUACCGGGACCGCAAUCUGCACAAAGACAUUGUGGCGAUGUUAUUCUUCGUGCUGGCGCUCUUUGUUGUCUGUACGAUUUUGUGAGAUAAAAUUUUCCAAUAUCUACAGAUGAUGAAUAGUGAGGAGGAGGCGCGCGCUACCAGACGCAUGAAUCUGAUGGCUCGUCUGUACUUCAAUGUGUAAGGUAAAUAAUGUAUAUACUAUACAUGCAUACGUCUGUCUGAGUUACAGCAAUAACAAUCAAGUGUUGAAGUGCGAGCUGUAAACGUUUGACGGUGGAUUGGCUGGUGGAGUGCUCUGAGGUUGCGGUGACACACACUUUUUGCUGAAACUAAACGUUGGCGUGUAAGUCUAGCUGUAGUUAGUUUUAGCAACAAAUACAAACCAUAAUUACAUAUAUACGUAUAUAUACAUAGAUAUAUAUAUUUACAUAGAUUAUCGUAGUUCAAAGAACAAAGUUUUUCCCCUCUCUAACCAUGUGAUAAAUGUGUACGUUUCUUUGAUAUUCUUAGAUUUAAACAAAUUUAAUAAUAUUUUUUUAUUUUUAUUUCUUUCAAUAUAGUGAUUAUUGUUUAGUUUACUUAUGAGAGAAGUUAAUUAAUUUAAACAAUAUUAGAAGGAACAUGAUGUUUAGCUGGCAUACACACUCUAAUCUACAUGCAUUUCGUCAAAUAUUUUUAAACACUGAGUUCCGUUUCUUGCAGGAAAUUUAUCAAAUCUACAAAAAAAGUUCUAUUACCAAACUCUCUUUUCCUUAACCUUAAAAUUAUUUAGAUAUCAUAGCAAGUUAACUUACUAAAAUCUGAUUAAUCCAUAGCUAGAUGCUCACUAAGUUAAUCAUUAAAGAAAUUCAUGGUAUAUGUUCUAUAUUAAACACCCUUCUAGAAUAAUUUCAAAAAACUUGUGUUAAUCUUCGUUUUGAAGGAACAUAUUCUGAACCACAUAUAUCUAAACAUCAGUAGUCGUUUGGGAAGUUCAAUUUCUAAUAAAACAACACAUGAUACCCAAAAGCAAUGCAGAUCCCACUUCGGUGUAAAUAAGAAUAAAAAAUCGGAGUGCUUUAAGAAAAAACCUCAAUUCGACAACGUUAAAAUUGGUCAUAAUAAAUAUGAUCCAGUAGUACAUUAUGUUUUAGAUCACCGGUAGGUUACUAAUUGUUACCCUUUAAUUUUUACGAUACACCUAGUAUUGUUCUCGACAUUAUUUUAUCAACUAGAUUGACGAGAGGAACCUUCAACAUCAAAACAAUUUCAUUUAGACUGCUAAAACAGUGGCGAAUCUAAUUACAGAAAUGCCGACAACUGUCUCGGAAUUGCAAUGCAGCAUUCAUUCUAAAAUACUAUAUCCAGAAAGUCAGAGAGUAUACAAAACAAUUUCUCACAUAAAUACAUUUUUUAACUUUCGUCGAAAACUUUGAUACAUUAUUAGACACUUAUGCCCGGUUUCACAGUUCGUACUUAAGUUCUGCCCAAAUAAAAUCUUAGGUAAGCAUUGUUGUUGACUGAGUAGUCAUUUGCGUUUCACAGUCGAUGCUUAUUUUCUAUAAAAUUCUAUUAUGAUAUAUGGCAGCACAAUGAAAAACAUUUGUUUACAAAUACCAUAUGACAAAUUGAAAUUAUUGUUAAUGAAAAAUAACUUUGCGACGAAUAAAUUUAGAAUCUGGGAAAUGGAUGGAAACAAUAAACGGACACCGAAUUUCACCGUAAGCGAGUGGGGGCACCUAUUGCAACUUGCAGGAAAGCAUAUAACCGUCAUCGAAUGCAAGAAAUUCCAAAAUUUUUUUCAGCAAAUAAUUUUUAUUUUAUUUUUUUGACAAAUAAGUCAAUAUUCAAAACAAAAAUCAGCUGUUACUUAAGCACUGCUUAAGUCUCCCAUUUUCAGUACUUAAGCAGAUCUUAAGUAUGAACUGUAAAACGCAAUAUUUCUGUUUUAUCUUAAGCACAACCUAAGCACUGACUGUGAAACCGGGCAUUAAACCAUAAUAUUUUUACCAAAAUUUACUUAUAGCUAAUACGAGUAUCACUUCACAAAACGAAAUACUUAGACUAACUUUUAUAUGAGUAGGUCCAAGCGCUACAAUGACUAUGGUAAAAACAUGUUUUUUUUUAAUAAAUGAAGUACCGUUAAUUACCUUACCGAACAUGCAGCGUGCCAAUAUUACAAUUCAAAUACUCAGUUCUUAAAUAUAUUUGACAGAGCGAUUUUUUAUAAUUAAGAUAUUAGAUAAACUAGCUAACAGUUAGUUUUAAAUAAAUCUUCAUUAUUAGUAUAAUGUCAUAUGUUAUAUGGAAAAUAUUUAAUUUUAAAAAUUUUUAUAAAUUUAGACAUGAUAUAUUGUAUUUAAAUGAAGUCAUAUCAUAGCGCAACUUUGUACACCGUAGAUGACACUCAACAAAAUUUCAUAAUACAGAUAUACAUCUAUAAUAUAUAGAAAAUACAUAAGUAGAUACACAUGUACUAUUACAUAUCAGUAAUUUUACAUAGAUAUAUAAAUUCAUAUUUAGUUACUAAAUGUGUUAGUAAUUUACGUUCAAAGAAAUCCAUAAGUCAAAAUGGUUUAUUUGGAACAAUGUCAGAGUACCAAUUCUAAAGAAAAUACCGAUAUUCAAAUAUUUUUUAUUUUUACGUACUCAGUAUUUGUUGAACCGUUUCACAUGCUUUCAAUUAUUUUCGUUCCUUAUAAUAUUUUUUUAAAAAUCAAAUGCUUUUCCAUUUUCGACUACUGCUACUACAUCAAAACUUCCUUUCAUGAUGCAAACAUUAUUGUAGUUGAUUUUGGUCUUGCUGAAACGAGAUGCAAGUAAUAGACGUCAACAAUUCAGCAAAUGUCUUGGCUCAUGUUUCGUGGCGGUUACAAAGCCGAUUAUCUUGGGAACUGCAUUAUACUAAUGCCGUUUAGUCUUCCAUAGAGAGCUUAGUAAGGUGAUAAUCUACAACUACGUAUAUCUGACCUAAACUUAGAAAUACAUGAUUCUGAAAAUUAUUUCAGUGAAGAUUCAUUCAUCAGAUUUCCAUUGAAUGAUGUCAUCGAAUUUAACUUUGAUUAAACCAUAUUAUUCUGGUAUAAUAUACACAUCAUAUUUUGGAUUGGGAUGAAUAAAGAGUGAUCUAUAAAACUACUAGUCCUCUGCAGCUAUUAACCUAAUAACCAUUUAAAAAGAUGUUGAUGGGAUCUAAAGCUGAAGCUAAAAACAUAAAGUCUUUCCCAAAGUCACCUUGUUAGCUGAUGAAAGCAACAGAAAACCAUAGGAUCUAAUAUAAAUCGUAAAUAGCUUCUCGUAUUAGUACAUUAUGGUUUGAGAUUUGUGUUUCUUUAAUAAGCAACAGUAUUCCAUGUUCUCAGCUAAACUAAUUGAACUUUUAAUUCGUUUCAUAUCAAUAAUCACUGACACUCUUGGAAUCUUUAUUUAUAUGUUAUUAUUACUCUCAAUAGUUUACAAUUCUUUAGAUUUCAAUAACCUCUAAACUUGUUAUACACAAUGAAAAAACCGAACAGUAUUGAAAACUCUCAGACGCAACUAAAUAUUUUAAAAAUUUGUACAACGUUGAGGAACUGUGUUGAUGCAAAUAAUACACAUUCAACUAAAAUAUGAAAAAAGUGAAAUAUUUUUGAGCAAAUAAUCUACAAAAAGCGUUGAAUUUAUUGAAUCUUCGAAUAAAUAAAUAUAAAGUAACGAAAAACCAAUUCAAAUUUAAGCUGACAAAAUUUAAGAAUUGAGCACAUAUCGUCUUAUCGCUACAUAUAUACAUAUAAAAGAAUAUCGAAAUACAUAUGUACAUAUAUAAAUACCAAGAAACAAAAAAAUAGUAAAUUUAAAAACUAAAAACAAAAGUCCGCAAAAUAUUUUCCAAAAUAGGAAUUGAUUGAAUUUGUGUAUUCGAGGAAAUCGUAUAUAAGAGUAUUCAUUAAUUUUAUAGCAUCGAUUUAAUAAAGUGGAGUUCUUGACAGUAAAUUUUAACUUAUUUUCGGAUAUUUUUUGUUACUAAAAAGUGAAACACAGUGUAAUCUGAAUCUAGCAUAUUAUUAUUACCAUAUUGUUGUCCUUUGCGCAGAUAUUUUCAAAACUUGGAUAUGUUCGGGAUUGGGGUUGAGGAGAGCUCUAUAUAUUUCCAAUAAGCAUUUCUAAAUAUAUUUGGGUUUUAUGUUAUUUUUUUAUGCCCAGAUGUUUUGAUCGAAUAUAAGUCCUCAAGUCAUCGAUACUUUUAACAAAUCUGAGCCUUAAUUUGAAAUCAUUUCAAGGCUAAGAUUUGUUUCUUGAUGACAUUAGCGACCGUAAAGAUAUUAUAGAACCACAUAUUGAUUAUUGUAUCAUGCUUAUCAGCAUAAUUAUUAUGGAAUAAUAGUCGUUGACAAACAUUAACCAAUUUUCUAAACCCAAACAAGUUUUCUUACAUUUAUAUAAUGAUUUGCCGCUUUCACACAAGUGGCAUGUUCAAUAUGUUUCACCAAAAAUCGGGGUUUCAUUUUUAUUAAACAUUCAUUGUUUGAAGAAAAUUAAACAAUAUCAUUGAAAUAUCCUAAAGAAAUAAUUUUCUUUAGUUCCAAAAUGGUUCGAUGAAGUAAUCACAUUAGCAGCCAUAGAUAAAUUCCGUGAUUUCCAUAGGAUUCCACAAUCGAUUGUGUAUAUAUAUUUCUAUAUUCUAUAUUUCUAACAAAAAAACAGCAUUAUUCAAGAUGCAGCCCAAACAAUGAACUCCACCAAAAAGGUGUGGAACAAAUAGGAUCGCGUUGUCAACCCUGAAGAAAUGUUCUAGUUCAAAAGGAUUCAGUUGAAAUUUUCGACACAUAUUUUGAAAGAUAUCACUUAGUUGCAAAACAUGAAAUUAUUAGAUUACCUUCCUCUACCAAAAAUAACUUAUUUAUUUUUCAGCCUUCGUAUUUCCAAUAAAAUUUGAAAACUCAAACUUAAUGUAAUUUUUAAUCGAAGCUCCAGGUCGCAUUCAGUUCAAUCAUUUAUUAACUAUAUUUAGCUUUCAGCGAGACGAGCGAAAAAUAAUAAUAUCCUUCUGAACCUUAGAGACUAUAAAAGACACAUGUAUGUGAAAAAAUAAAUAAAAAAUAUCAUAAAAUUAGUAUGAAGUGUUGGAAUAAAAAAAUAAUAAUUUAGAAUAUGUGCGUUGAUUAGAGGACCUCAUAUGAAUAUAUGCACAGACUCACA